UAUCGACUGACUGUGCAGCCUCUCCAUAUUUUCUUUACAUUACAUUCAUAACUUUAAUUCAGUGAUCACUCAAUUCAAAUAUCAAACACAUUGCAUACAUGGGACAAUAAUACUAUAAGGAAUUGUAAAGCGUAGAGAAAUUAACGGAAACAAAAUGAAAUGGUCUAAAGGCAUUAUUCUUCUUUUUCUGGGAUUGCUUAUUAAGGUUUCUGUGGCAGAAAAAUCAACACAGGUUUACUUGUUUGAGCUUGAAGCAGACUCAUCAAUAUAUGAGAACAUAAAAAAACAUCUUGAAGGCUUCAAUAGUUCUGGAAACGCGAGUUUAUCAACUGUCACCAUUACAACAAAUUGUAUUGAAAGUAGUGAUGGAAAGAAAAAGAAUUGCGCUUGCCAGGAUGGAUACACAUGGUCUUCGGACAUUUGCAAAAACUACAAGUGCUGCAACAACGAUAAUUGCAUUCUUAAUAAUGUAGAUGCCGCUGUGUGUCUGUCUGACAAAAGAGUAAGCAUCAAUGGAUCAACCAUUAUGACAAGAUAUUCCUACCAAGAAUUUUUUGAAAUUAACAACGACAAAACUGAAUUGUACCAAAAUAAAAUCAAGAGCAUAUCUGAUGAGCUCAUAACUAGUUUCAGCAGGUUGCCAUGUUUUUACUCGCUGGUUAUCACGGGUGUCAGGAAGGGCAGUGUGAUUGUAGACUAUGUGGUGCAAUUGCUUGGUCCACUUGAUAAUAUCACUCAGCUUCAGAUUAUAGCCGACACCCUCAAUGGAUCUACCAUUGUAACACAAGGACUCGUAACUCUCCGUGUAAUUCAGGAUCAACCCAUUGCUUUUAACUCAAUUGCAACUAUAAAUUGUGAGACUCAACAGGACCUGGGAUCUGUAAAGUGGCUCUUGACAGAUGCACAGAAUAAAACAAAAGAAAUUACAAAUGGAACAGAGGCUUCCUUGACUAAGGCAAAUUAUUUGACUGACAGUCUAAAUCUAAUAAACAUUUCAGGAAUUUGGAAAGGAACAUUUCAAUGUCAAUAUACAACAAACUCCAUCCUACACACAGCAAUUGGCCAGUUGGACAUAGCACUAUUGCCAGAAAUACGUGGCAUAAGUUAUCCCCAAUUUCCUGAUUGUAGAAAUACGAAUGAAAAGACUAAGGUUAUAAUUGAGUGUGCAAUCCCUAUCAGCACAGAAAAUUACAACGUUACAUGGGAAAUAGAUGAACUCAUAGCUGCAUCGAUGCAACCAGAAGAGAUCAAAGGCAGCUUUAUCUCUCACACACUGGAAGCAAUGGUAGAUUGUCGAAAAGAAAAAGUGACGGUCUCAUGUACAUUCACGAACAACAGAGUCCAGACCAACCUAUCCAGAGAAAAGACUGUGGAAGUCUUCAUCAUUACAAAAACCUCAAAAGUCUGUGAAGCUGACAAUGACUGGCCAGUCGCAAAACAAAAUUACACAGCCAUUAAGUAUUGUGAAGGCUUUAGUGUUGGUGAAAGACAGAGAGAAUGCAAAGAGACGUGGAAAGAUGAAAUUUCUAAAUGUGUGAAUCAGGACUUGCAUUCUAUUCAGACUAAUGUAAAGGAAUUAGAAAAAGGAAUUGGGAUACUUGAGAAUGAAGCACACAAAAUUUUCAACAAUUUACACAAAACAACCACCACUAACGAUUUCACCUCCUUUGCCAAUAUUAAUGCAUCUGUUAAUAUUUUUGACGUCAUGAAUAAGGUAUCUCAACAACAGCAACAUCAAUGGAACGACUCUGUCAUGUCUGAUAUUGUCAAGUCUGCAAGCAAUCUUUUGAAUGAAACAAAACCCUGGCAAGAUCCUAACUAUGAUACAAACUUAUCCAUAAAUUAUCUACUGUCUUUUGAGAACACGAUGCUUAACUCAAACCUGUCUGAAUCUUUCUGUGCAAAACACAUACAAUUAACGUACUAUAAUACUAGCAACCCCGAUUGCAAAAUCUCCAACGCCAACGCCAACGUCACAUCAAAUCAUACCAUUAUAGCAGCCGAAUUCAGUAACCUGGCUCAAAUCUUACCAAUACCCUUUGAGAAUAAAAGCAAUUCAUCAGAUGCGCCCAUCUUGUCAGUUACCAUUGUAAAUAACUCCAAUAAUAUAGAUGGGUUUGAGGCUAAUCUCAUGUUCAGUUAUGCAGAUCGAAGACUUCCAAACCAUAAAAUGUUUUGUGUUUUCUGGGAUGCAACUCAGAACAAUUGGUCUGAAUCUGGGUGUUCAUGGGGUGGUACAAGAAAUCCAAAUCUCUGCACAUGUAAUCAUAACACUUCAUUUACCAUGCUGAUGUCCAAAUCUCCAGAGUCCCUUCCAUAUAUGGACGAACUGACAUAUGUUGGCUUGGGAAUUUCAAUCGUUUCACUUGUUCUGUGUUUACUGAUCGAGGUUUUGGUAUGGAAUACGGUUGUAAAAUCGAACGUCUCCAAUUUUCGGCAUAUAGCAUUAGUCAACAUUUCCAUAUGCUUGCUGCUCGCAUAUAUUGGAUUUUUGGCAUCUGUCAAACCAACGGCAAUCCUCUCAAAUUGGUGUGUGAUCCUCACAUUUGUCAAACAUUUUUGUUUCCUGUCCGUCUUUUUCUGGAUGCUGUGCUUGAGUUUUGUGCUGCUUCACCAAAUAAUCUUUGUCUUUGAACAGCUACGGAAAAAGGUCUAUUUGGUAUUGUCUAUCACUGUUGGUUAUGUAUGCCCAUUGCUGUGUGCAGCAGCAACCUAUAUAAGCUUUGGGAAUGGUAAGGAAGGUGAAUACUAUUUAAAGGAGACAUGCUGGCUAACAUACAAGGGUCCGUUCAAGGGAUCCAUGUUUGCCUUUGUGAUUCCGGUUGGAACAAUUGUGUUCAUAAACAUGUUCACUCUUUUUGUGGUGAUCACCAAGUUAGUAACACCAACUGUAUCAGAUGCAAAGGCUAUGGAUGAAAAGGACGUUGCGAAAAGCAUUAUCAAGACAAUAGUCUUCCUCUGCCCUGUCCUUGGGAUCACAUGGAUAUUUGGACUGUUUGUGCUCAUGGUUGACCUAACAGAUUAUCCCUUAGCCUACAUUGUGAAUUAUGCAUUUACAGUGCUCAAUUCACUACAGGGCUUUUUCAUAUUGCUUACAAACUGUAUUGGAGAGAAAAAGAUUCGUGAUGCACUUCUAAAGCGUUUCAAAGGCCAGAAAUCUGUGCAUUCCAAAAGUGAAAGUUCAACAAAAGCAGGGUCCUCAGUAUUGAAGGAAUAUUGAUUGGACAUUGGAUUUUUAAUUUUAAACAUAUGAAAGAUUUAGCUGAUGAAUGCUGAUGUACUGUGCCAAAGAAGAAGAGAUGGAGCAUGAGGAAAAUUUGAUUUUGCAAGUGUCUAUGCCAUAUAUGUGUAGUAGGCAGAUUAUUCUAGCUAUUAACGAAUGACAUUUUGAAUUUUUAACAUUGAAAAUCUAUUUGUGAUAUUUUUGUUGAAACAGCAACACUUUUAAUAUAUUACUUAAUGUAUCUACACAUUUUUUUUUUUAAUUAGUUUUGCUUUCUGAAAAUGGAAUUUAAUGCUUGCAUGUAAAUUAUAUAUGAAUAUAAAUUGCCUACUUGGUAUUACUAAAAACUGCUCUUAAUUUGUAAGAGACAGCCUUAAUUAAGUUUAAAUAUGUUGUUUUAUGUAAACUAAAAAUGUUUGGACUGUACAUUACUGUAUGAUUUCUCUUCCAAAAAAAUAGUGUCCAU